AUGGAUGCGCCCCCGCCAGACCAGUUUUACAGGCGUGCAAAGGCAGCUGGUAAGAGAGAGAUCAUGACUUCCCGCAUGUCGCCACGUCUUUCUGAAGACGCAUCUAUCCUAGUUGCCGUUGUGAACGACCGAUUAUACAUCGAGGGUGGAGAGAUCGUCGUAGCGGGGGAAGAGAAUCCGAGACCAGCCACCCCCUGGAAGCCCUCGACUCUUAUUUUGAGACACAUUGCCAAAAGGUCAGUCCCGGCGGUCAACAGCCCUCAAUUAUGGGUUCACUCAGAAUCGAACACACUGCUCAGUUGGGGAGGAGAGGGUCCAGAAGGUGACGUAGCUGGAGCAAAGGCAAAGAAGCUCUGGGCGCUGAAUCCAGACGCCAACGGCGAGGGGGCAUGGAAGGAGCAGGACCCCGCCAACCCGAGCGACUUUGCCUCGAUACGCCGCGUUGUGUAUGGCUCCUCGACGACCUGCGCGAAUGUCGCCCUCCACCAGGGAGGAUUUGGUACCUAUACGACCGACAGCUAUUUCCAAGGCACGAGUCGCUAUCCGGUCUCCGGACUAGCUCUAUUCGACAUGGCUUCGAAGACUUGGUCGAAUAGAACGGACCCUAUCCCUCCUCAGGUGGGCCAGUUCUGGGGUUCAGCUGUGUGCAUGCCCCCUGGGGUUGCUUCGAAACACCUCGCCUUCUUCAUGGGCGGGCAGAGGCAGCUGGAUACUGCAAACUUUGCGUCGUUCAGCAACGUCACCUUCUACGACCCGCAAGCGGACAAGUGGCGCUGGCAGAUGGCCUCGGGGUCGAUUCCACCACCCCGGUCCAUGUUUUGUUCUGUCGGUGUGGCUAGUCGGAACGGAACUUAUGAGAUCUUCAUGUAUGGGGGCAUCAAUGAGUCUGCCCGGAAGGAAGGCGCAUAUGGAGACAUCUACGUGCUAACCAUCCCGGGAUUUCGAUGGUUCAAGGCCAAUGUUGACAGUCCCGGGCGAUGGCUCCACGGUUGCGCGGUGGCUGGGAAUCGUCAGAUGAUUUCUGUCGGCGGGCUGGAGACACCCGGUCCCUUCUGGACCGGUGCUGGUCCGGACCCAUGGUCUCAGGGCAUCGGCGUGCUCGAUCUAUCGACUCUAGCCUGGAGCGAUGGGUAUGAUCCUCAAGCUGCGGCUUAUGAGAGUCCGAUUGACGUAAACCAGUGGUAUUCGAGCGGCGGGCUUGACACAGUGUCUUGGGACUCGAAAGAAGUCCGAGAUCUAUUUCUUACCAACUUGGCGCCAGACAGAAGUUCCCACCCAUCAAACAGUUCGGCAUCAACAAACAACCCCCUCAAGUCACAAGAAAAAAGGCCUGUCGCUACAAUAGUAGGCGGCAUAAUCGGAGGUGUCGCCACCCUGGCUUUGGUUGGAGUUCUGCUAUGGUGGUAUUUGAGACGGCAGCGCCAAGCACGAGCCGCUCUGGCUCUUGAAGAACAAUGCGUUAGCCUCCCCAACGAGCUGGAAACCAAAGAUGAGGUCCAUUACCUGGAUGAUGGAAACAAGUCUCCCUUCGCAGAGCUGUCCAGUGCCACCCGGCAAGAACUACACGCCGAGUGUAGACAUGAACUACCUAGCAAGAGCAAUAGUCACGAGAUGCUCGGCGAAUGGCAUAGGGCGGAGCUGCCGUAA